AUGAAGGCGGCUGCCAGUGGGGACCUCGACAGACUUCGGGAUCUUGUGAGCGAGUGCGGUGCAUAUUUCGUGGCUAGUGGAGACCAGGAGGGUCUCACGGCCUUACAGUGCGCAGCUGAUAAAGGGCGCAUUGACGUGGUUCGCUACCUGGCUGGACUCGGCGCUGACCCGAACGCCGCUGACCGCAACAAUGUGUCGCCUCUGAUGAAGGCUGCCGGUGAAGGGCAUCUUGGUGUGGUGCGGUGUCUAGCUGGAGACUACAGAGCGGACGUGAACGCCGCGGAUCGUAACGGCAGAACGGCCCUCAUCAAAGCAGCGUGCGGAGGGCAUCUUGGUGUUGUUUACUAUCUGGCUGGAGACUGCGGGGCUGAUCUGAACGCCACAGAUUGCAAUGGGAGAACUGCUCUAAUGGAGGCUGCCGGGGAGGGGCGUCUUGACGUCGUUCGGUGCAUA